GACAUCAGCGCCGCGGGCAACGGGCUCACGCUGCGGGCAACGGCCGCGUCGGUGGCGACGAAUCCGGUGGUGCUGGGCUGCCGUGCGAUGAUGGUCGCGCCUCCGGGAGCGAUGGUGCCGCUGCUGCCGCUCGUGGUGCUGCUGGCCGCCUGCCGGCCCGGACACGGUUACACCGGAGCCUGCAACACCUGCGGGACGCGGCCCAUGGCUUAUCAGUACGGGGCAUCGCGAGUGGUGGGGGGCACGGACGCCUCACCGGGGGCCUGGCCGUGGAUUGUCAGCCUCCAAAGUACGUGGUACGUGGGCACGGGGCACAUCUGCGGAGGGUCCCUCAUCACCCCGCAGUGGGUCCUCACGGCGGCGCACUGCUUCGACCAUGCGAGCCCCAACACGCCGUGGCACGUGGUGAUCGGGGGCCACAAUUUGAAGCAGCUGGGCCCCGAAGCUGUUGUACGCAGCGUGGUGCGCAUCAUCCCACACGAGUACUACCACAGGGACAGCAUGGCCAACGACAUCGCGCUGCUCGAGCUGGACCAGCCCGUCCAAUGCAGCUACUACAUCGAGCUGGCCUGCGUGCCCGACAACUCGGUGCGAGUGUCAGAGCUCACAGACUGCUACGUCGCCGGCUGGGGACACAUGGGAAUGAGAUCUCUACAGGAAUAUGUCGAACCGUACCGUGUCCUGCAGGAGGCCAGAGUCCAUCUCAUUGACCUCAACAUCUGCAACAGCAGCCACUGGUACGCCGGGGCCAUACACAGCCACAACAUCUGUGCUGGGUACCCGCAGGGCGGCAUCGACACCUGCCAGGGCGACAGCGGUGGUCCUCUCAUGUGCAAAGAUAAAACUGCUGACUACUUCUGGCUCAUUGGUGUGACCAGCUGGGGGAAAGGCUGUGGGAGAGCACAGCAGCCUGGAGUCUAUGCCUCCACUCAGUACUACCGCAACUGGAUCCUGGUACAGAUGGGAUUGCUUCCAGCAGAAGCGCCCACUUCAACACCAUAUUCAGCCUACGUCACUACCUCCUAUCAGAGGCCCAAACCAACGUACUCGACCCCAUUUAGACCGUGCCCAUUUCCACGCCAAAAACUCCUGGAUUUCUUUAAUAUGCUCCAGGAGCUCCUGCAGAGUUUAGGAGGAAAGAAAGCUCGAUUAGCUGCAUGACCCCCAGCAGGCUGCGACGCACCACGACCCUUUUCUUUGGGGUAAUGCCCAAUGGCAGCCCCAGUGCCAAAGUUCUGCUCUGCCCCAUCCACCCUCCUCUGACUGCACACACAGUUGACCCAGUUGGACAAAUAAAGCUUAUUUUCACAGC